GCGUGUCUUGUCUAUACAACUACGGUAGUUAAAUAGGCUACGCUUACUGAAAGGAUACCAAGUUGCUCAGUUUUACAGCUUCAGUGCUUUACAGUUCAGUGUGAGGAGAAUUUUAACGACUAAAUACGAGAUCAUGGCCAACAGCAUGACACUUUUGUGGGGAUCUGGCUCCGUCCCGUGCUAGCGAGUCAUGAUCGCCCUGGAGGAGAAACUACUGCAAGGCUACAAUCAGAAGUUGCUGUCCUUUGCGAAAGGAGAACACAGAUCCAAAGAGGCACUAGACAUCAACCCGAGGGGCCAGCUACCUGCCUUUAAGCAUGGAGAUAACAUCCUGAAUGAAUCCUAUGCUGCCGUCAUGUACAUUGAGAGCCAGUUCAGGUCCCAGGGUACUCCACUGAUCCCUGAAGGCCAAACCCAACAGGCUCUCAUGUACCAGCGCAUGUUUGAGGGACAGAUACUACACCAGAAACUCAGUGACAUUGUAUACUAUAACCUCCGCGUCCCAGAGGAGGAGAGGCAUGACUCAACAAUGAAGAGAAACAUGGAGACUCUAGCUGCUGAACUCAAGAUGUGGGAGGCAUACAUGGAGAAGAUGGGGCCUGAUUCAUAUCUUGCAGGGAAGGCAUUCUCAUUGGCUGAUGUCCUUGUAUUUCCUGUAGUUGCUUAUGCUGUACGCUAUGGAAUGUCCCAGGAGCGAUAUCCUAGACUGGGGGCGUACUACAACAUGUUGAAGGACAGGCCCAGCGUCAAAGCCACCUGGCCGCCGCACUGGCUGGAAGGCCCUGGGUCAGACACCAUCAAAGCCCUCUGAGAUGCCUCCAGCUUCCUGCUCAGCUGCUCUCCUACAAUCUUUACCUGGUGCUGUCUACUGCUACAACUUCCAUACGUUGUUAGCAUGGUUUACACUAAACUCUUUUUGAAUGGUGUUUUCAAUGGGUGUAUAUGUUUUUUUACGUUAUCCUCUAGUUACCUAAGGUGACAUUGUGUAAUACUGUUACAGCAUUACAGUAGUUAAACAAAAUAAAGCAAAUUUGUUACACA